AUGGCUACCACAACAAGCCUCAACCCGGCCUCCCGGCCUUCCAUCGCCUCCGUCCUGCCACCUCUCUUCCUAGGCACAGCAACCUUCAACACCCAGCAUGUAAAGGACCCGCUGCAGAUGCCGUACAGGCAAAUCGUCUCAAGGGCACUAGAGCUCGGCGUCAACGGCUUCGACACAUCGCCGUACUACGGCCCCUCAGAAGUCCUGCUCGGUGACGCCCUGGCCGCCCACACCGCAGCCACCAACAUCCCCAGAGAGUCCUACGUGCUGGUCACAAAGGCAGGCCGCAUCGCCGGCAACGAGUUUGACUACUCGCCGGCGUACGUGCGCUACUCUGUCCUCCGCUCCCUCAGCCGCCUCAACACGACGUACCUCGACCUCGUGUACAUGCACGAUGUCGAGUUCGUCUCCCCCGCAGAAGUCCUUGCUGCCGUCCAGACGUUAAGACAGCUUCGCGAUGAGGGCAAGAUCCGCUAUGUCGGUAUCAGUGGUUUCCCCGUCCAUGUUCUCUGCAGUCUCGCCGAGAUGAUCCUCGCUGAGACGGGUGAGGCUCUCGAUGCAAUCCUGAGCUACGGCCACUUCACCAUCCAGAACCCCACGCUCGGCCUCGCAGAGGUUGUCGCCGGACCCGACCACACCGACGAGCAGAGCCCGCUGCGGAGAUUCCGCAACGCCGGCGUGCAGGUCGUGCUGAACGCAAGUAUGCUCGGUAUGGGUCUCCUCACAUCCACAGGCGUUCCCGCGCGCACGGAGACGGCGGAGGGCAAGGCCGGCGUUAUCGCGUCGUGGCACCCCGCGCCGGACGACCUGCGCUCGGCAUGCCAGAAGCUCUCGGCCAUCGCCAGCGAUGCCGGCGAGCGUCUGGAAACCGUGGCGCUUCAAUGGUCAAUGGAGGAGUACGCCCGCGUUGGCGCCGCAGCUGGUCUUGGCGUGCAGUUGCCGGGCCAGAGCGGCGACGUGCGCGUCGGAGGCAGCGUGAUGGGCGUCACCAGCACCGCGGAGCUCGAGCAGACUGUCGAGUCGUGGAAGCUUGUGCUCGAGGGUCUUGCUGCUGGCAGCGAGGCUUCGGCGCGGUAUGAGAAGCUCAAGGCUCUCGUGGAGCAGAAGAUGUGGCCCGAGUUGGGCGUCUGGAAGGGCUACAGCUGGGCGAGCCCCGAUGAGGGCUUCCAGAAUGAGAGGAGCGCGGAUAAGUUUGGCUUGAUCCCGGAGGAGGAUGAACUGAUGACCAACUUCAUGACUAGAAUUUCAAGCAAUUUAUUGCGGCACAGCCUGCCUUGGGCACACUUCGAGGCAUUCUGCCAGCUGCUUUCGGGGGCCAUAGGAAUCAUAAGGCGAGAUCUCCCCGCCCACAGCCUGAUCGUAUCUUCGCCAUUCUCCCCUUUUCAAAUGGCAGAAGCCUUCGGUCUUGUGGCGAGCGUCUUCGCAACUAUUCAGAUCGCGGAUAGAGUAGUAUCAAUCUGCAAGCACUACAUCGAGAACGUCCGGGAUGCACCCUCCGAUCUACGCACGAUCCUCGUCGAAUGUUCCUCGGUGGGGGCAGUCUUGCAGAACGUCGAGUUCCUCCUCAAAUUCGAAGAACCAUACUCGGCUUUGCGAAAAGCUUUGGACGGAGAUGCAGGGCCUGUUGCAGAAUGCCAUGGCGCCAUCGAACAGCUGGAGAAGUUGAUCGCCUCUGACCAAAACCAGGCACAAGGGCCCCCUGAUUCGACGAGAAGGAAAGUGCAGGUCACUCUGAGGAACUUGGCAUGGCCGUUGAAGGAGACGAAGGCCAGAAAACUGCUCCAAGACGUUGCACGGUGCAAAAAUACACUCAGUCUCGCUUUAACCGCAACAUCCAGUCAUGACAUCAAGCUCAUACGCGAAAGAACUUCACGCAUCCAGCAAGUUCUGACUGGUAUGUUCUACUCGACCUCUUAA